AUGUUCAAUGACACAUUUAUUCUGAAUACUUUUGUCAGUCAAGAUGUUGUAUUUGUUAUUCCUGCCUUCCGUCUGGGAAUUUUCUCACAUUUUGUCGUCGAGAAUCAAGAAAUCGCUCCAAAUAAUUUGGCUCUUUAUGACAUACUGCUAGCCAUGGAAUUCAUAAAAUCAGAAAUUCACAAUUUUGGAGGUGACAGUAAUCGAGUAACACUUUUGGGCCACUCGUUUGGAGGGACUGUUGCUGCAAUGUUAAGUUUUAGUACUGAAGUGAACAAAGAUUUAAGCCUGUUCCAACAAUACAUCAGUAUGUCUGCACCGUCUAACUUUGAACCUUUGGAAUUUCAAAAGGAGAAAACGAUCAGAUUUGCAGAACAUGCAAAUUGUAUUCCAAAGAAAUCAAAACAUCAUUUGACAAAGAAGCAAACAGAAUUGUACAUGAGAAACUGUUUACAGAAAAUUGAUUCGAUGGAACUUCUCAGAAUACAGAGAAGUUUGGAAGAUGCAAAAUUCCCAACUUAUGGGGGCGCGAUUCUCCGUGGACCCAUUUUCCAGGACGUUCCAGAUAAGAACUUUAUGGAUAGUCCAAAGAAUGUUUCAGCAUUAAUCGGAUGUAUAAAAUAUGAAGUUUUAGUUUUCGGAAGUUAUGAUGAUAUCGGAAAAUCUUUACUUUUUGAAAAUGCUGAAGAAAUCAACAAAAAGUAUCAAGCGGACAAGAAAAAUGGGGAAAUUGAGUUUUUCGGAAAAAGUUUCGGAAAUGUUCGUGACGAGACCCAAGAAAUGAUAGUUCAAACCAGGACAAGAGUAAACAGACUUCUGGAAAACGGAGUACCGGCCUAUCAAUACGAAUUCACAUAUCCAAAACAUGCGGAUCACACAGAUGACCUUUUCUUCAUAAUGGGAGUUCACCCAUUCGAGGAAGAUGAAAAUGAGAAAAACAUAGGAAAUGUCUACAGAGAGUCUUUUAUAAAUUUCGUAAAAACUGGGAAGCCAGGGAACGGAUUCGAAAUGUCGGACAUGAAAACUUCGUCUUAUUUUGAGAUAUAUUGGAAUGAAACAUCUGGAGAAAGGCCGAAAAUGAAAACAGAUUUCGAGGAAGGAGUGAGUUCCGAGUUUCCGAUUUCAGAAAUGAAAUGCUAG